AUGUGUGCCUUAAUCCCAUCUUCCCCUCCCCCUCCCUUGGUGCAGGUGCGAGCACACGUGUACGUGUCCAACGAGGAGGAUCGCCCCAUGGCUGACGUGGCAGUGGCAGCGCGCAUCACCUACCCCAACGGCACCGACGCCUCCCGCUGCUUCUUCUUCAGCGACCCGCUGCUGCAGGGGAUUGACGAUGUCAGCGGUGCAGGGAGCACAGCACAUCAGCCACGCACCACAUGCUCCACAUACGCCUCGCGCUGCUUCGUCUUCAGCGACCCGCUGCUGCAGGGGAUUGACGACGUCAGCGGUGCAGGUGAGAGUUGA